CAGGACUAUGAGUGGUGCAGUAGCCAAUGGAGCUGGCUUGUCCGACGACGACAGCAGGUUUGAGCGACAGGAACAGUCGAAGGCCUGGCUAGCAGUUCUGGCAAGAUGAGCAGAAGGGGACAGAGGGACAUGAGAGGUGUCAGGCACCCUUGUUUUGUGGCUCAGUCAAGAGAGCAUCAUGCUGGAGUUCUGGGGUGCAGACAGCCGGGCGUGGCAGGCCAAUGGUGAAGUCGUGAACGUGAGAGUGUUGCAGUGGUCGGGGACAGCGAGGAGUGAGAACAGGCUUCUGGAAGUUCGUAUCAUGUAUAUAAUCAUCUUCAUUCACUCCACGAAGGCAGACAGAAUGCAGCCCUUAGGUGGCAUGGAUAUAUCAAGUGUUGCGACUGCUCGUCAAGUUACAAAGGUGAGUGGAGGGGCCGUGGAGCUGAGGUUGUGCUGGACGGGAACAAGUAGGAUGACUAAAGGAAGGCAGGUGGACUACGAGAAGCACGUGAUACAGCUGAUAGAGAGAGAACGAAUGCAAAAGUUCCUUCAGCAGCUCGGUCUGACACGGUGGCAACAGCAGCAGCAGCAGCAGCAGCAGCAGCAGCAGCGAGCAGGGUACAGACAGACGUCGGCGGCGGAGGGCAUGGAUAGUAGCAUUGAACAAGUCAUGGAAGGACUCUCGAAACAAGCGUGCGCGCUCAAAUGCGAGUGUCCGGUGAUGGACAGCAACAGCAGCAUCGAGGAAGUCAGAAAGAUCAGCGGAAUGUGGCAGAGUGGCAAUCUCACACCGAUGGAGCAGUUCAUGGUGGUCAGUCCAAUCAGCGAUGCUCAGACAUGGAUGGCCAAGCAGUCGCUGGAGAGGAGCGAUGUCGCGGCCGGAGAGCUGGAUGCGAGAGUGGUUGCGGAACGUCAACUGUCGGUGAAACAGUGUUGUGGUGAAGAGGAGAGGAGAGGAGUGAAUUGACAGGUCAGGUGGAUGGAUUGGAGGAGUGUGCUGAGGGGGGUGAUGAGGCUUGAGGGGUGUUGAGGGGUGGUUGUGCUGGAUAUGCAGGACAGGGCAGGACAGGGCAGGGCCAAGCAGGCACAGCAGCAGCCCAGUCAGCCAGUGAGGCAACAGGAGUGUGUGUAUAUACAGGCAGUCCUACAAUGGAACCAAUUGAUGCCAAAUAGAUGCAGGAUAAUUAAGUAGAUGCAGAAUGGAUGCAGACGAG